GACAGGGUUCGUUCCGAGUACGUAUCUAAAUACUUUACAAAGAGUCAUACAAGCAUAGCAAUAUUAAAAAUGUCAUCAGAAGCAACUCCAAUCUCGGAAACUAAUAUAUCAGAACGUAUUUAUCAGCUGUCGAACCUGGCAGCGACUGAUGCUCCCUUAAGGUUUGGUGAGGGUGAUGCAAAAAGGGUCAGUGACAUUGGUAGCGGCUUGGAUGGCGACUUUGACUAUGACUAUGAGGGACAGGAAGAGGAUGAGGAAGAAGAGAUUGUCGAGAUGAGCGAAGCUGAGUUAAUUGCAAUGCUUGACGGAGAGCGAGAUCCGUUAAGUGUGUGCCAGCAAUUAUUUGUGAAGUCGUAUGAGGACAAACUAGACGCCGCUGCCGAUUUGAAGUAUCUUUCCAAGAGCCAAAUACAGGAGUUGUACAACGAGGGGUACUUUACCAUGGAUUGGGACGCAUCGCUUGUGGCGGCGACAAGAGUGGAGAUUAUGGACUUGAUAAACACACAGCAGAUCAAACUCGAGCCCGCGGGACAUCAACCAGGCACUGUAGACAGUACAUCGGACGAUGAGAAUGUUGAAUCGAGUGGCGCAUUCUGCGCAAGCUUCGACAGCCGAGCGAGAGGGGACAGCAUAUCAUUCCUCAAAGUGGACGAGUCGCCUGUCCAUGACACUGAAAACUUGAGCCAAAUGAUAGCCCUGUACAAGAACAUCCAGCGCGAUCUGAAGAACGUUAUCAAUCUCAAACACGAGUCAGCCGAGUAUCAGCUGGCGCUGUAUCCUGGGAGAGGUACUCACUAUGAGAAGCACCGCGACGCUCUGCCGGACGACGGCUCUGAAUGGGACCAACGGAGGGUGACCAUUAUCUGCUAUCUAAAUAGCGAAUGGAAGGAGGCGGAUGGUGGUCAUCUCCGCAUAUACAAACCCCCCAUGACGGGUGGUGACCAGGUGGAGAUAGAACCACAGGCCGGUCGGGUGAUAGUAUUCCUAAGUGGCGCUAUUGACCACGAGGUUAUGCCGUCAUAUGCAGAGAGGUUGGCGUUGACAGCCUGGUGCCAAUAACUUGACAUGAAUAAAC